UCAACGGGUGAAGCUCAACAAAGGGCCAUCAAUGGCGGCUCAAUACAACAACCCAUUCCUCACCUCCACUCUCCACACCCUUCCCUUCCGUCCAAGACCUUCUCUCUUCCUCCUCCCUACAACACUCAGGCAAUCCUCCAACCCCAUCCGUUCCCAUCUCCACAACCACACCAAACCUCUCACUACCGCUCUCCUCAUCUCCUCUCUUGCCCACCCUGCCCUUGCCGCCGACGAGAUCUCACCCCCUCCCGUUCCCACCCCCGUCCCCUCUGCCCAAUCGGAAAUCGCUUCCAAGACCACCAACCCCUUCUCCCAAGCUCUCCUCACUGCCCCCAAACCCCAAGCCUCCUCUGACCUUCCUGAGGGCUCCCAAUGGCGCUACAGCGAGUUUCUCAAUGCUGUCAAGAAGGGAAAGGUCGAGCGCGUUCGUUUCAGCAAGGACGGCGGCGUCCUCCAGCUCACCGCCGUCGAUGGCCGCCGCGCCUCCGUUAUCGUCCCCAAUGACCCAGAUCUCAUCGACAUCCUCGCGAUGAACGGGGUUGAUAUCUCUGUUGCUGAGGGCGAGGGGGGGAACGGUCUUCUUGGAUUCAUCGGUAAUCUCUUGUUCCCAUUCCUCGCGUUUGCCGGGUUGUUUCUUCUAUUCCGGCGCGCACAGGGCGGGCCUGGCGGUGGUCCGGGAGGACUCGGAGGGCCGAUGGAUUUCGGUCGAUCGAAAUCCAAGUUCCAGGAGGUGCCGGAGACUGGAGUGACCUUCGCCGACGUCGCCGGAGCUGAUCAGGCCAAGCUGGAGCUCCAGGAAGUUGUGGAUUUCUUGAAGAAUCCGGACAAGUACACAGCUCUGGGCGCGAAAAUCCCCAAAGGGUGUCUUCUGGUUGGCCCGCCGGGAACGGGGAAGACAUUGUUGGCCAGGGCAGUGGCCGGAGAGGCCGGUGUCCCGUUCUUCUCGUGCGCAGCUUCGGAGUUUGUGGAAUUGUUUGUCGGAGUUGGGGCAUCGAGAGUGCGUGAUUUGUUCGAGAAGGCGAAGUCGAAGGCGCCGUGCAUUGUGUUCAUUGAUGAGAUUGACGCAGUAGGGAGGCAGAGAGGAGCUGGGCUUGGUGGUGGGAAUGAUGAGAGGGAGCAAACCAUUAAUCAACUGUUGACGGAAAUGGAUGGGUUCUCAGGGAACAGUGGGGUGAUUGUUCUUGCGGCGACGAAUAGGCCGGAUGUACUUGAUGCUGCAUUGCUGCGACCGGGAAGGUUUGAUCGACAGGUCACUGUGGAUCGUCCUGAUGUUGCUGGAAGAGUGAAGAUUUUGCAGGUUCACUCCAGAGGGAAAGCACUUGGCAAGGAUGUUGACUUUGAGAAAAUUGCUAGAAGAACACCCGGCUUUACUGGAGCUGAUCUUCAAAACUUGAUGAAUGAAGCAGCUAUUCUUGCAGCAAGACGUAACCUUAAGGAGAUAAGCAAAGAUGAAAUCUCAGAUGCCCUGGAGAGGAUAAUUGCCGGACCUGAGAAGAAGAAUGCUGUUGUGUCUGAUGAGAAGAAAAGACUAGUUGCGUAUCAUGAGGCAGGACAUGCCCUUGUGGGUGCUUUGAUGCCUGAAUACGAUCCUGUUGCCAAAAUCUCCAUUAUUCCACGAGGUCAAGCUGGUGGCCUAACUUUCUUUGCUCCCAGCGAGGAGAGGCUGGAGUCUGGCCUAUACAGCAAGAGCUACCUAGAGAACCAGAUGGCCGUUGCUUUGGGUGGACGGGUUGCCGAAGAAGUGAUUUUUGGUGAUGAGAAUGUUACUACAGGAGCUUCAAAUGAUUUCAUGCAGGUUUCACGUGUGGCGAGGCAAAUGGUGGAAAGAUUUGGUUUUAGUAAGAAGAUUGGGCAGAUUGCAAUAGGUGGCCCUGGUGGAAACCCUUUUCUGGGCCAGCAGAUGUCUACCCAGAAGGAUUAUUCAAUGGCAACUGCAGAUGUAGUAGAUGCCGAGGUGAGGGAACUUGUAGAAAAGGCUUAUUCAAGGGCCAAGACUAUCAUUACCACUCACAUCGACAUCCUUCACAAACUAGCUCAACUUCUCAUUGAAAAGGAAACCGUUGAUGGUGAGGAAUUCAUGAGUCUGUUCAUUGAUGGCAAAGCUGAACUCUAUGUAGGAUAACCGAAGAUACGUAAUAUAUAUAUAUACACAAACAAAGAAAAAGCACAAAACUAAUGCAUCAUUAAAAAUCAAUGUAGUAAUGAGUGUUUCUGAUGCAAAAAUGUAUUCCAAUUUGGCUUCUGGCAAAUGUGGAAACAUGAUGUUGUAUAUACCUUGUGUGUGGAUAACGGUCAA